AUGGAACAUCUGUAUUCCAGCGAGCUCCUCAAAAGAGCACAGUAUCUAGUCUGGAUUGAAGCAAUUUUCCUAGCUAUCGUCAAUACAAUGGCCAUCUCCGGAAACAUUUCUGUUUGCUACGCCGUGUAUAGAAACCAGAGACUUCGUUCGCUUGCCAAUAUGUUUAUUGUAGCGCUAGCUGUCAGUGAUUUACUUAUAUCUGUCAGCUGUAUGCCUCUGUCAGUUGCUACUCUCGUUCAAGGCCGAUGGAUUUUCGGGACCAGUGUUUGUCGACUCCAGGGUGCUGCAAUGUUUACGUUUUCAUUGGCAUCUCUAAAUACCAUGGGGGUUAUUGCAGUUAGCCGAUAUUUUUGCGUGGUGAAACCAACGAGGUACAUUGUAUUAUUCCGGAGGCAAAGAAUUUUGAUGUACACUGCGGUAGUAUGGUGUAUGGCUCUCAUUGGUUCAGUGCCUCCGCUAAUUUUUCAGACAGGCGGAUACACUUUCCACCCAGGAAAAGCAAUGUGCAUGUACCCAUUCCAAACUAACAUUGCUUAUACCGUCUUCAUCGAAUGUGUGUUUGUCGCUGCGCCCUUUACAUUCAUCACUUUCUGCUACGCCAAAGUGUUCUACACAGUGUCAAGAUCAAAUCGUGUUUUCAUGCAAGAAAAUAACCCUGAACAGCUCAGAGCAAACGUCGAAGAAGCCAAAGUGACCAAGACAUUAGCCUUGGUCAUGGCCAGUUUCUCCUUAUGUUGGCUUCCUAUCUGUAUUAUGGAUUACAUCGACGCAGCACGCGGGGAGUCCACUUUUCCACGACAGGUAUAUCUUACUUACGGGUUUCUGGCCUACCUAAGUAGUACAAUCAACCCCUUUAUAUAUGGCGCUACCAAUAGGCGCUUCAGACAAGAAUACAAAACUAUUUUGAAAAAGAUAAGUUUGAUCUUUACUUGUGGUCGUUGCAGCUGA